AUGGCAAAGAGAAGUAAGAAUCAAGUCCGACGGGAGAAAGCAAAACUUCGUAAACUCACCUCCAAUUCGGAUAAACUCUCGGAGCCAGUACCUACUGACAGUGACACGAUUCCCAAUGACGCUACUCCCAAUGAAUCAUCAACUAAAGAGGUAGAGGAAGGCAAACCAGACACAGUAGGAUCCUCAGAGUUGUUUUCACAGUAUAGUUCUGUGUUCCAGCAGUUUGCAACAGAAGACAGGCCAGUUAAAACCAUCAAGGAAAAGAAUGAGGAAGAUGAAGAUGCUAGUAAUGAUGAUAAUGAUGAUAAUGAUGAUGAUAGUAAAGUUGAUAGUGAUGAUGAAGGUGACAGUACAGCAUUAUCUGCUAGACAACUAAGAAAACGAAACAAAGUCUCAUUGGCAGCCUUAAAGGCCCUUUCAAGUAACCCCAGUGUGGUUGAACCAACAGAUGUUGAUGCCAAAGACCCAUUUCUACAUGUUUAUAUGAAACUACAGCUGAACGUUGUUCCUGUGCCGCAACAUUGGUCGUCUAAACGAGACUUUCUCUCGGGCAGAAAGGGAAUUGAAAAGCUCCCCUUCCAGCUCCCCAAAUACAUUGCUGAUACGGGAAUUCAAGAAAUGAGAAACGUUGUAGAAGACGAUUCACGGACUCUUAAACAACUGCAACGAGAAAGAGUCCAGCCCAAGAUGGGGAAACUCGAUAUAGACUAUCAGAAGUUACACGAUGCAUUUUUCAAGCAUCAAUCCAAACCCAGAUUAUAUGCGUUUGGUGAUGUUUAUUACGAGGGAAGAGAGACCACAGAUGAUUAUACGGAACAAAUACAAGAUAUGAAGCCCGGUGUUAUUUCCAACGACCUCAGACAAGCCAUAGGGCUCACAGAAAGUUCUACGUCCAAUGUCGCACCACCGUGGAUAAGUGUUAUGGAACGGCUAGGGAAGCCACCGUCGUACUCCAACUUCUUGAUCCCGGGUCUAGACUUGGUCUAUUCGAACACAGGCUAUGUGUUGAAUGCAACAACAGCAGUCGAAGCCACUAAACCUUCAGAGCAUUGGGGAGUGUUACAGGAAGCGGUGGAGGAGGAAGAAUCGGACGAAGAGUCGGACGAAGAAAGUCACGAUAAGGCCGCAAGCGAACCUGCAUAUGACGAAAGCUCUCAAGAGGAGGAAGAUCACGAUGAGAAGGUCGAGAUAGCUGAAUAUGGUAAGUAUGGAGGAAUAUCGAAAGAUAAAGAAGUCAGCGACAAUGUCACCAAUACUGCUGAAGAUUCUUCUUCUACUCCUGGUUCUAAAUUGUUAUAUCAAAUACUCGAAGAAACGUCAUCGACUUCCAAGUCAGGUUUACUAAACUCAGACAAAAAGUAUCAAAUAUAG